AUGCAUUCGCCAACAAGACACCAGGCCCAGAAGGGCGCAGACAGCUCGGCAAUGGACCUCGCACUCCACGCCUCAGACCUGCUCCUCUCAUCGACGCAGUUUCAGGACCAAGCGCCCCAGAUCCACGACCCACAACCCGAGCCAUCAUCACCCCAACUAGCUGUGGAGGAGAGCUUCCCAACCCCAGUUCCACUGAUGCACUUUCCCCACUGUCGCCUCGACAUCACCACCGUUUCCUCUCCCAGUGGCAGCGGCAAGUUUGAACAGGUCGCUCUCCCCGGCGCCUUGGUACGCACCCUGCUCUCCCGCUUCGGCGGCGACCUCCGGCGGCGGCAACAGCGCCAACAACAUUCACCGCCAUCACCACCAUCACCACCACAGCAACAACCACAACAACAACAACAACAACAGCUACUACUACUUCAGCGACCAGCUGCCAACUCUCCAACCCACCGUCCAGGGCCCGGCGGAAAGGAGGGCCACAAAACCCGCCGCCGCCGCCGCCCGACGACGACGAUCAUCCGCAUCCAGCCCCACCCCGACGACGCGGACGACUGGGUCUUCUCGCGCUGCCUGCUGGCCGACUUCACCGGCUUCCGCGAGGACGAGGCCGAGGUCCUCUCGGCCCAGGGCCGGCUGUGCUGCUGGGCCAGCGUCGUCCUGCAGAGGCAACAACAACACCCGCCUCCGCCGCAAGGGCAAGGACGGCAAGGGCGGCAAGGGCGGCAGGGGCGGCAGCAUAAGGGGUGCGGGGAGGCGGAAGAAGAAGAAGAAGAAGAAGAGGGUGUGCUGGAAGACGAGGAAGAAGGGCAGGAGGAGGAGGAGGCGAUGUGGGAGCUGGGGUUCAUCGUGCAGCGGGUUGGGGUGAGGGAUCCGGCGAGUGGGUGGUGUGAGUGUUUCUGA